AUGGACGACAGCGAUGAAUUUGGGUUGUGUAUAUAUCACGGAGGGAAGUUCGCUACGAUAGGAACAAGCAGCAGAUUGUAUUCUGGUGGUGAAUUGACAUCUAGAUAUGGCUUAGAUAGAGAUAGGUUUGGCUAUCUUGAUUUGGAGGAGGAAGUACAGAAAUUAGGAUACGUAUCUUGGAAGUGUCUAGCAUAUAAGGUCCCUAGAACUCUUGUUUAUAUGGAAUUAUCUGAGGAUAAGCAUGUGAUGCAAAUGUUGAAGCACAUCUCCAGGUCUUGCCGAUCUAUCUCUGUUUAUGUAGAUGAUGGGAAGAGGGAAGUGGUUAAGGCUGUGACUGAAGUGGUUACUAAGACAGUGACAAAGACAAUCACUACUACUAAGAGGAGUGUUGGCAAGGGAGGGGGGAAGUCUGAGAAGGUUAAGGAGAAGGUAGAUGUGGGAGGGCAGAAAGUAGACAAGGGAAAGGGUAAAGUAGAACAGGGAGGGGAAAAGGGAGAAGUGGGAGAUGAUGUUGUGUCACAAUAUUCCCAAUUGACAGAUGCAGCAGAAUGGAGCACUGAUGAGGAUGAUGAUGAUUAUUGCCCAGGGGAGGAAGAUGAGGAGUUAGUGGAAUCUGAAGACAGUCUAGGAGAUAUGGAAUUAGGUUCUGAUGAUGAUGAAUAUGAACAAGCUAGGGUGAAUCUGAGAGAGGGUUUAGGUGUCUUGGGAGAUAAUAUGUCAGAUAAUGAAUUGUCACUUGAGGCUGAGAACUCAGAUAGUUGUGAUUCUGAUGGGCAAUUAGUUAGGAGUAAGCAGCCUAAGGUGGUAUAUGAUCCCAAAAUGGAUAUUGCAGAUUUGCAAUUGGUACUAGGAAUGAGAUUUGAGGAUGGUUUUCAAUGCAAAAAGGCAUUAGUUAGUUGGAGCAUAGUGAAAGGGCAUCCUAUCCAUUUCAGGAGGGUCAACAAAGAGCAAUGCGAGGCCUACUGUGAAGAGCCUUGUAUGUGGAGGGUAUUUGCAAGCACUGUUCAGAAGGAGAAGAGUCUUGUAGUUAAAGUGCUUGGUGAUGAUCACACUUGCACAUUUGCUGUCGAGAAUAGACAAGCAAGCUACAAGUGGAUUGGUGAGCAGUACAUUGAGGUGUUUAGAGUAAGGCCUCAAAUGAUGGUGGAGGAGUUCAGAAAUGAUGUCAAGAGAAGGUUCAAUAUUGCUAUUCCUAAUGGCAGAUUAUAUAGGGCUAAGGCUUAUGCUCUAGAGACACUGAGAGGAUCAGUGACUGGCCACUAUGCAAAGCUAAGGAGUUAUAUAUCUGAGCUUAUGAGAGUUGACAGAGAAGGGAGAUUUGAAUUACUGGUAGGUGAUGGUACAAUAUUUAAAGGGUUGUAUAUAGGUUUUAGUGCUCUGAAAAAGGGAUUUGUUGAGGGAUGUAGACCCAUCAUAGGCCUAGAUGGUUGUUUCCUGAAGACUCAUCUAGGAGGGCAGCUUCUUUGUGCUAUUGGAAAGGAUGGAAAUAACCAGAUGUAUCCAAUUGCUUGGGCGGUUGUUGAAGUGGAAAAUGAGGCAUGUUGGGCAUGGUUUAUCUCUAUGUUGCUUGAAGAACUUGGUGUUACAGAUGGUUCAGGUUACACGUUCAUAUCGGAUCAACAAAAGGGUUUGACAAAUGCUAUAAAGGAUUUGGCUCCUUUUGCUGAGCAUAGGAACUGCGCACGCCAUGUUUAUAUGAAUUGGAAAAAGCAGUUCAAAGGAGUAACACUAAAGCACAUGUUCUGGGAAGGUGUUAGAAGUUCAUACAAGGAGGAGUGGGAUGCAGCAAUGGACAAGUUGAAGGCAGAGAACAUGGUGGCUUAUGAGAAUUUCAUUGAGAGAGACCCAUCCAGGUUCUGUAAAGCCUUUAUAUCUACUGCAUGUGUGAGUGAUAUGGUAGAUAAUAAUGUGUCUGAAACCUUUAAUGGCUACAUACUAAAUGCUAGAGGGAAGCAUAUAAUACAUAUGUUGGAAGCAGUUAGAAGUGGCCUUAGGGAGAGACAAUUUCAGAAGUUAAAACAUGUUGAAAGUGUGUCUGAUGUGUUAACACCUGCUGUUAGAAAAAAAGUUGAAAAAUUGAAGAGUUUGGCUAGGUUCUGUACAGCUCACCCUGGGCUAGGGGGUAAGUUUGAGGUUGAGAACAAGGAUGAUAGAUUCAUAGUUUCUUUACCUGAAAGAAACUGCAGCUGUAGAGUUUGGGAGCUCACUGGCAUUCCAUGUAUCCAUGCCAUUUCUGCUAUCCAUUUCAUGAAGGAAGAUCCAGCCAAUUAUGUCCACAAGUACCUGACUACUUUUUUUUUUUGGUAA